AUGCCUCGCCACCAAGAACACAACGGCAACGGCAGUAGCAGCCACGACGACGACGACGACACGGACGACGACGACGAGCAUCACGUCCAUCUCGCCCCGCAAGACGCCGCCGCCGCCCCCCCGGAGCGCCUGAACCUCCUCACCCUCAACUGCUGGGGCCUCGCCCACAUCUCGGCCCUGCGCGCCCCCCGCCUUGCCGAGAUAGGCCGCCGCCUCGCCGCCCUCGACCCCCCGCCGCACAUUGUCUGCCUGCAGGAGUGCUGGGUCAGGGACGACUUCCGCGCCGUCCGCCGCGCCGUCCGCCGCCGCCUGCCCUAUGCAAAGUUCUACCACGCCGGGCCCCUGGGCGCCGGCCUCGCCAUCCUCAGCUGCUGGCCCAUCCACGAAAGCUCCAUGGUCCAGUAUCCGCUCAACGGCCGGCCCACGGCCUUUUGGAGGGGGGACUGGUAUGUUGGCAAGGGCGUUGCUUGUGCCACUCUCCGCGUCGGGCCUGACCCGGACCAUGUCAUCCACGUCUUCAACACUCAUACCCAUGCCCCGUACGAAAAGGAGCCCAAUGACUCGUACGUCUGCCACCGCACCGCCCAGGCCUGGCACAUAGCCAAGCUCCUCGCCGCCGCCGCCCAACGCGGACACCUGACCCUCGCCCUCGGCGACUUCAACAUGCUGCCCCUGUCGCUCGCUCACCGCAUCAUCACCGCCCGCGCCCCCGUCCGCGACGUCUGGCGCGUCCUCCACCCGCACAGCUCCCUCGGCCCCGCCGACCACCCGCCCGAGGCCGCCCGUAACCGCCCCGUGCCCUCGGCCGACUUCAACCUCCGCGAGAACGGCGCCACGAGCGACGGCCUCUACAACACCUGGCGCUGGACAAGAAACUGCCAGAACAGGCUGCGCGCCGGCCACGAAUGUCCCGUGGACCCCGCCGCCCUUGACCCCCGCGGCAAGCGUAUCGACUACAUCUUCGCCUCCACCGGCAGCGGCUGGGUCGUCGAGUCGGCCUCGGUCGCCCUGACCGAUCGCCACCCGGACCUCCACGUCUCUUUGUCGGACCACUUUGCCGUCCAAGCCACCCUCCGCCACCACAAGCCCUCGGCCGCCGAGCGAGGCCGCGCCGAUCACGACGCCCAGCUCCACGACCACGACACGAGUCUGCCUCUUUCCGCAUACGACGAAAUCCUCGACAUGACGCGUGCCUACAUGGCCCGCGAGCGCAAGCAGCGCCGCUGGCGCGCCCGGCACUUCUACGCCUCCGUCGUCGUCUGGAUCGCCUGCCUCGUCGCCGUGUGGUUCAGCCCCCGCAACUUGGUCGCCUUCUUGCUCAUGCUCCUCGCCAGUCUCGCCCUCGCCGCCGGACUCGUCGACGGCCUGCUCGCCCUGCUCUUCUUCUCGUCCGAGAUCCGCAGCCUUCAUGAGUUUGAGUGGGAGGUUCGCAACGCGAGACGCGCUGCCCUUGUCGCCUCCACCUCCGCCUCCACCUCUGCCUCUGCCUCUGCCUCUGCCUCUGCCUCUGCCUCUGCCUCUACUCCUGCCUCUUCCGCCGCCUCUCCCGCGCCGCCUCCGCAGCGCGACGAAUCGACGGCCGAGAAUUCUGGGUGA